CAAUCCCCAGCCAUGUUCGAAGGCGACAUAUGCCACCUGGAGCAUGACUGGUUCACUAAUGUGCUCACCGCCGGUCUUAUCUAUGGCUUGGUCGUUUCGUAUCUUCCCCAGCAUCUGCGUAUCAUAAAGCUGGGAUCGUCCGAGGGCUUCAGUCCUUGGUUCCUUCUGCUGGGCGGCACGUCGAGCGCUGCGAGUAUGCUCAACAUGGUGACGGCGUCGUGGCCGACCAUGCAGUGCUGCAACCAGCUGAGCGUUGGCAAGUGCAUCGAGAUUACCGCCGGAGUCUUCCAGGUCGCGCUGCAGUGGGCUUUGUUCAUGGUCAUUACUAUCCUAUACAUGAUGUACUUCCCGCAACGCCAGAAGUACGUCGAGCUCGACAUCGAUAGCUACGAUGGUGUCCCGCCUCAGCAUGUCAAGACGCCGAUCAAGAGCAGCGAGUGGAGACUGUCGGUUGUUCUUGCCUGGGUCACUGUGGUGCAUCUACUCUUUUCGAUCUUUGUAACGUUCGUUCUUGUCGGAACCACCAAGAUCGACCCCGACGGCCAGAUGCACUCGCGUCAGAUAGACCUCUGGGAGACGUUCCUUGGUAUUUCGUCUGCCAUCCUCGCAAUGGUUCAGUACUUUCCGCAGUUCUGGAAGACUUAUAGGGUUAAGCUCGUCGGCGCGCUCAGUAUUCCCAUGUUGGUCAUGCAGUGUCCCGGAGGACUUGUGUUUGCUAUCUCGGUUGCUAGGAGGCCUGGUACGAACUGGACGACUUGGGUCAUGUACGCCAUGUCGAGUCUGAUGCAGUUCCUGCUCUUGAGCAUGUGCAUUACGUGGAAGAUCCGUCAGCGCAAACUCGGCAUAGAUGACUUUGGCAAGCCGCUGCCUGGUACGGAGGACGAUGAGGAUUCGGAAGUCGUUGUCGCUACUGCGGAAGACGUACACCUCAGCUCGAGCACUACAGUAGAUGUCGAGGGUGAGGAGGCGCCCCUGCUCCCCAAGGACGUUGGAAAGCCGGCUGCGAGGUUUUCGCUUCCUCGUUUCUUCCGCAGGUGAUUUGCGGUUGUUGGCGAGUCGGGUUUGGUUUAGGCCAGGAGAUCGCAUAGUCUCGAAUACGGCUGGCUAAGUUACAUCCAUCUCACUAUUCUGGACUUUAGAGAACCGUAGUCGUUUUCUUGAGGUUCUAAUGGGAAUAUAAU